UUCAAAAAUACAUUCUUAGAGAAUUCAUUUUAUCAGUACUCAUGGGGUGCCCACGAUGUGCCAUGUUCUGGGUGCUGGGGAUACAGCAGUGAGCCGGUGCCCUCCUGGAGCUCACAUUCCGGCUAAGAGACAGCAAUUAGACAUUUAGGACUGAGUGAUUUUUGUAAAGGAAGAGAAAAAAGAUAAAUUAGAGCAGAGUAAAGAGCCUGGGAAGCGCGGGGCGGGAGAUGCCCCAGGCUGGCCUCGCUGAUGUUUGAAUUGGGCAGUGGGCGGUCCAGGCGGAGGGCACAGACUGAAAGGAGAGAAGUGGUGUUUCUGGGGGACACAAGAUCAGGGUACUCUUCCGGUAGCAGCUCGCUGUCUGGCCACCGUCUUCCCCAGCCAGCCAGACCUCCCGGAGGCGGCCGGCCAGGGAGCAUUGCCGGGACCCCAGCUUGCCGCCUCCCCUCGGCGGGCCCUAGAAACUGCGCGGAACCAAAGCUUGAAGGCCGCUUGAGUUUGCGGACCGCGGGGAGGAAGCGCCCGCCGGAAGCAGUCGCAAGACCCGAACAUGGCGGCCACCAGGUGCCUGCGCUGGGGCCUGAGCCGAGCCGGAGUCUGGCUGCUCCCACCGCCCGCACGGUGCCCACGCCGGGCGCUGCACAAGCAGAAAGACGGCACUGAGUUCAAGAGCAUCUACAGCCUGGACAAGCUCUACCCCGAAUCUCAGGGCUCGGACACCGCCUGGAGGGUCCCGUUAGGAGUCACCCAGCAGGUAAUACUUGACACUGUGUACAUUACAUUACAGGAUGGUGCAAAGCAAGCCGACAGUGACAUCCCUCUAGAUCGCUUGACAAUAUCUUAUUGUCGGAGUAGUGGUCCUGGGGGGCAGAAUGUGAACAAAGUGAAUUCCAAGGCAGAAGUCAGGUUCCAUUUGGCAACUGCCGACUGGAUCGCAGAGCCCGUGCGGCAGAAAAUAGCCAUCAUGCAUAAAAACAAGAUCAACAGGUUAGGAGAGUUGAUCCUCACCUCUGAGAGCAGCCGCUAUCAGUUCCGGAAUCUGGCAGAUUGCCUGCAGAAAAUUCGAGACAUGAUCGCUGAGGCCAGCCAGACACCCAAGGAGCCAACAAAAGAAGAUGUUAAACUUCAGAGAAUCAGGAUAGAAAACAUGAAUCGGGAAAGGCUGAGACAAAAGAGAAUUCAUUCUGCUGUAAAGACAAGCAGGAGGGUCGACAUGGACUGAAAUCACCCUCUGCAGCUGGGAGGGCUCUUCCGGGCGUCAGGGCAGCUGCAGCUGAGAGGACUUUCGCACCAUAAGGAGAUUUCCUCUUUUCUUUUUGGCUGUUAAUGCUUGUCUGUAACAUUGGAGCCAUCACAAGAAUAUUCAUUUGGAAUGAAGGUUGCAGGCGUUGGUUGCAAAAGUCUUUAUAGGCAGUCACCAUGUUGUCAAACCUUAAUAAUGCAUCUAAUGUAUUAGCCGCAAUAAAAUUCAAAACUCA